GUGGAGAAGAUUUCUUUGAGCUAACUGUGUUCAUUAAUUGUUAAGCACAUAGAUUGUCCAACAAAAAAAUAAUUUAAUGAAAUGGUGGAAUCCAAUGCAUCACUUUCUCUGCACAUAAAUUAUUAUACUCAUAACUUCUUAAAACCAUCAGAUAGAGUUUAAUGAGAUAGUAACAGACAAUCAGCCAGUUAUAUUUCAUCAUUGUAGAUUACAAAUUUUCUCAAACCUCAUAUUCAUAAUUGCAAGAUCAAAAGCAAAUAGUAAGUAACAAAUUAACUGUGAAAUAGAGCCAUGGGGUAAUACUGAAGCAAAAUAGGCAGCUUUUUUACAUUAACUGAUGAACAGCCACCUGGUCAUUUACAUUCCUAUCUAACCAAAUUUGCACUGAGAUGUGACCAGUAGCUUCUCUGUCUUAUGAAUUCAUUUUGACUGUUUGACCGGCUUUGCUGCACAUUUUGCUAGCACCAUGAUGAAACUCUAUGGAUUUUGUGCUGUUAUUGUUCUGCUGUCUUUGGCUAAGGGGUGGAGUGCUGAUUGGAAACCUGAGAGAACACACCCAAGCUUCAUCCCCCGAGACAGGGAAGAUGGCCAUAUUUCCAGCCACCAGACUAUCAUUAUAAUGGAGGAAGACCCUGCUGUGAUUGAAUCAGCUACUUAUCUGUUUGAGAGGAAUCCAUAUUCCUCCACUUUGAUGAAGUACCACAAGGGGGCACUGCAUAUACUAAGAGGUGGUCAUUUGAUUAAAAUCAGAAGUUAUGAUAUCGUACUUGUUGGCCAUGGUAGAGAGGCUUCCACAGGAGAACUCUACUUGUCUGGUUAUGGUGCAGAGGAAGUUGCCAGAUUGGUAUCCAGCCUGAAGACAGACACCCUAAUUGAUCUCAUUGACACCAUCAGCCUAAUCAGCUGCAACCUUGGAAAUAACCAGAACUUUGCCCUGAAGCUGCUCCAAGGUCUCCGAUCUCUGAAUGUGGCAGCAAAGCUGCACCUACACAAGACGCUCAUAUCAGUCUCCUCUGAUGGGAGGAUAAUGAGCGGACGAGGGGGUGUCUGGAGGUCCCAUGACUACAGCAGUAGAGUCAUUGCUGAACUCAGCCCAACAAGUGACCUGUUGACAAGGCAAACAUUUGGCUGUGCAGGUUCAGUAUUUUCAAAUUAUAAAGGAAAUAUUCUGUUCUAUUUUAAAAGUCUAGAGUGGCCAAGAUAUCCUCAAAUGUUCGUCCCAAUGGAACUGCGCAAAAAGUACCCUUCUAUUAACUGCUUGGAGGGGCUCACUUGGAGUUUGUUCUUUGAGGAAAAUGAAAAAAGACGCGCUCCAGAUUAUAUCCCCAACGACCACCUGAAAGCUGUUUGGCUUGAAGUGACAGAAGAGAACAGCAUUGUCCUUAAACAUAUCUCCAACAUACAGGACCUUCUUGUGGAGAUCCGCUACAGUGCUAGAGAGGAAAUGGCUUCAGAACAGUAUUAUGUUCUAAAUGACUGCAUUUAUAAAAUACAUGGGAAAAACUUGAGCUCAAGUCUGGUAGGAAAGUUCAUGAGGACUGACAAUGAAGCUGAAAUUGAACUAUUUCGUCAGACUUUUGGUGACCAGCAGGGGGAAUCUUCCCUGCUGGAACUGCAGCAAGACCUUAAAGCAUCCAAAUUUACUGACUUCUGCCGCCAGACUUUUCAGUUCCAGCAGUGUACCUACAACUGUGAAAGGUGGGGACGUUACUUCAUGGCAGCAGUUUUCUCAGCAUCAGUACGCAAUUUCCGAACCUUCUCACUUUUUCUGAUGAGUGUUAUCGGCUGUGAAGUGGGUCACACUCGAGGGACUGACAGUGCCCUGUGCACAGCGUUUGUCGGCGAUGACCACCCCAUGAUUACUGAUCAGCCCUGGCCUGACCAUUUGAAGCGAGGAUUCUACGGUUGCACUAUUGACAACUAUGAAAUGGCACCACAGAACAGACGGAUCUGGCUGGAUCAAGUUGUUGCAAAGGAAAAUUCGCUGUACAUUAAAUCAAAGCAAAUGAUGGAUGCUGUGAAUCACAAUGACCAUACUGAGUUGGAGAUCUUUGGCAAGAUUAAAGUCAUGAACAAGUAUGUGUUUUCAUCUUAUCUGGAAUACUUUCGUGGUACACCUGAAGGCAAGAAACUCAAGAGAGGAUGCACUCCCUCGUUCUAUGAGAACUAAAAUACACAGUUUUAAUAUGUUAGAUUCAAUGUGAAUGAUAACCCACCUAGUGCUAAGAUGUCUCCCACGCUCUGCAUUAAAUAAAAACUUUUGUCAUUAAACUUCUGUUAUAUCUUCCUAAUUUGUAAGAGAUUAGUUGUUAGCAUAAAUAUGACAUGUUUGUCACAGGCUUUGGAAUUCUUUUACUGCGGUCUUUAAAGAAUAAACACUGGGAAU